AUUGCUACAAGUUCCCAAGAUGGCCACAGUUACAGCUUUGGUGAAUGAAAGGUCAGUGGUUAUAUUCAGCAAAACCUCUUGCUGCAUGUGCCAUACCAUUCAGACGUUGAUAAGUAGUUUUGGAGCAAAUCCAACUGUUUAUGAGCUAGAUAAGCAUCCAAAGGGACAGCAACUAGAGAAGGAACUCAAAGGAUUAGGGUGUAAGCCAAGUGUACCAGCCGUGUUCAUAGGGCAGCAGUUGAUUGGGGGUGCCAACGAGAUAAUGACCCUUCAUCUCAAGGGUCAGCUGGUGCCAUUGCUUUUAAGGACCACAUUCAUACCACCGCAAAUGCUCACCGGUGAGAGACCAAGGAAGAUUACGAAGCAUCGCAGUUGCCCACUUGCUCUUUUGGGAUCAGGACCCCAUGCGUAGUCUUGUAGCGGCAAUGAGGUC